AUGUCUUUUCUUCCUGCAACAUUACAACGCUCUCUGCGUAGGACAGCCAAAUUUCCAAGGGUACCUCCAUGGCCGCCUACGUAUCCUAGAACCAUCUCCUCGACCGCAUGGCGUAAUGCACGGUAUGUCCGUUUCGGACAGCCAACGCCCCAGCCACGAAAUCAUUGGGACUAUCGACAGUGGGGGCCUAGAGUCCAGUUGGGAGCAGUGAUACUUGUUCUCGGGACGGGGUACUAUGUUACACACUUAGAACAAGUUCCUCAGACAGGCCGGUGGCGGUUUAUGAAUACGAGCUCAAAGGCGGAAGCAGAGCUCGGAGAGUUUUCUCGUGAUCAGACCCGCCGAGAAAUGGGAGCGCAAGCUCUCCCCCUCAACCAUCCUGUUACACGACACGUCCGACGCGUUGUCUCCCGAAUAUUGCUGGCUUCUAAUCUCGGCACACUCUCAGGAGAGACUUCUUUUGAAAGAGAAACUGGUCUUGCAGGCUUUGCAGGAUUUGAUGCAUUUGGUAGGGAUACUUCGCAUUCAGAUGUCGAUCUUGGCGCCUCUGCACACCCCUCAGAAACGUACGGUCCGACCAAAGAAUGGGAAGUUCUGGUGGUAAACGAUAGGAAGACGGUAAAUGCGCUGGCUGUCCCUGGGAUGGUCGUCGUGUUCACUGGCAUUUUACCUGUGUGCCAAGACGAAGAGGGUUUGGCAGCUGUCGUUGCUCAUGAAAUUGGUCACGUUGUCGCUCGACAUACUGCAGAGAGAAUGUCUUCUCAAACAGUCAUAUGGGGCUUGUUGUUUCUUCUCCAGAUUACUGGCCUUGACUACGGAUUGUUCUCAUUAUUCCAGACAUUCCUGAUGGAGCUCCCCAAUUCUCGUACACAAGAACGUGAAGCUGAUAUGAUUGGACUCAGACUGAUGUCAAGGGCGUGUUACGAUCCCGCUGCGUCACCCUCGAUGUUUAAUCGUUUGGGGAAAAUCGAAGCCAAGAUAUCCAAGCUUAAUCUCGAUUUCCUGAAUACUCAUCCGUCGUCUGCAAGCCGUGUUAAGUAUUUGGAAGAAGCUCUGCCCGAAGGAUAUUCAAUCAUGGCCGCGAAUCCGGAAUGCGGCGGGAUGAGGAAGCAGAUACAGGCGUUCCGGGGUGGUCUAUAA